AUGAGUUUCUACGAUGACAUUUACCCAUUCUUCCAGCGACAAAGGACCUCGUUCAUCUUCAGUGGCCGCUUGAUCACCGUUAUUCUGGUUUUUGUUGUGCUGGCAUUGACUCUUCUUAUUAUCCUGCCGGGAAUACGUGGGAAGUCUAGGUUCUUUUGGAUGGUCCGGAUACUCAUCAGUUUGUUCAUAGGCGUUGUCAUAGUUGUCCUUAACUUCACUUGUGACUGGGCUGAAGCCAGAAUGACCACUGUCGCCACCUACAAGUCUUUCAGCAACGCAGUGGUGAAUGCUGACAUCGGCUUACACGUGGGCCUCUCCGGCAUCAACAUCACACUCAGGGGAAAUCCUGUCGUCCAACUGAAUGAAACGAUAAACUACAAUGAGAUGUUCAGCUGGCACGACACCAUGGACGAGGAGUAUGAGGAGGCACUGUUGAGGGGUCUUCCUGAUCCCAUUCUCUACAUCGCCGAGAAGUUCACCCUCAACAGUCCGUGCGGUCUCUUCUUCCAGUACAAGUACUCUGGACGCUACGCCUCUGCCAUCCUGUGGACUGCCUUCUGCUGCUGGGUCCUGGCCAACAUCCUCUUCAGCAUGCCCGUGGUGCUGUACGCCGGCUACAUGAUGCUGGCCACGUCGGCGUGCCUCUUCACCUCGAUGGCGUCCUUCUCCACCAUCCGGAAGGCCUCGCAGUGCGUCUUCUCCAUCGGCACUAACUCCCUGGUGACAGAGUACAGCCAUUCCUUCUGGCUGGCCUUGGCCACAGCUCUUCUGUGCGCCGUCAUCGGGACGUUGGUCGUAGUGUUCUACUUCCUGACCCCAGAGAAACUGAAGGAGGCCUUUAGCGCUGGAGUGGACACGGACGAUGACGACGAGAGCUCGUUCAUAGAGGGAUAUUUCAACACUGCUUUUCUGGAUGGAAUCACAGUCACACCAUCGUCCUCGUCCAAAGGCCCUGUAUGA